AUGGUUCUACUUUCACCAGACAUAGGAUACAGUACUAUUAUUCAACAUAAGCAGCCUAUUAUUUUUUACUGUAUUGCAACAGAGUAUGAUUGUAUCGAGCUAUGGUCAAAUUUGACACGCUCGAAGGAGUGGACUUCUUUUAGUUUCAAGAACCAAAAAGAAGGAUACCAGUUAAUGAUCCAUACAUAUGAUCUUCCUCCAGAUAACUACGAAUUUACGUUAAGAUUCAAGAACCAGGCCGAUGACCAAUGGUCAUGGUAUGGUAAACCAGGACAGAAUGGUAAUAUCAGGUUAGCAAAAGGUCAUUUGUCAACCAAGUGCUCGCCUCACCUUGAUUGGGUGGCAAACGAAACCUCUCGAGGAUUUCAUUUAGACCAUUUUUCAGCUCUAAUUCGGGAAAAACAUGGUGAAAUGCAUCUUGGUAGAGUAAGGCCUAUGUAUAGUUACGUUUCGUAUUUACGAAAGGGAGUAACAUGGCUUACGCCUGUCUCCGGCAAGGAUUGUCUCAUUUGCUCUCUUGACAAACAUCAGUUACUUCUUUAUCAGGAUAGCGAAGCAGGAAGCCUGCAUCUCUGGAUGGCUUGCAGCUCUUCGCUUGACUGUUGGUUUUCUUAUGGCGCCAAUAACAAUAUCAACAUUCAUUAUCAAGUUAUAUCAGACAGUGAUGCUCAAAUCCAAGAACACCACGUGCAUGUUCUUGUUUUAGAAGCAUCUGAUCCAUUAAAAUAUGCACUAAUUAUUACCUACGCUUUAGACUAUUACUAUAAGCAUAUUGCAAAGAUAUCGGAUACAGUCAAAAACAUAGCCCAGAGUGCUCAAAAUGGGAUCUUGUCCGAUACACUUGGUUACUGUACCUGGAAUGCCCUUGGAACAUCCAUAACAUUUGAAAAGCUACUACGGUUACUCAGUGACAUAAGGUCCAACAAGCUACCAGUAAGAUAUCUAAUAAUUGAUGAUGGGUGGCAACAUACAUCCAGUAAAUCAUGUAUGGCUACUUUUGAUGUCCAUCCUACAAGGUUUCCAAAUCUCACUCUAAAGGAGGUUGUAGCAGCUAUUAAAAAGGAGAACCCUUUUUUGAGCCAUGUUGGUGUUUGGCAUACCCUUUGUGGUUACUGGAAUGGCAUCUGUACGUCUUUUGCAGCCAGCCAAGGGUAUGGUCCAAUAGAUGUAACAAACAAUCAAGGAACCUCGAUUGGUCUCGUAAAGCAUCCUAACCUUUUUUAUGAUGAUUUUUACAAGUUUUUGAAUGCAUCAGAUGUCGAUUUUGUUAAAGUAGAUAAUCAAGGAGGCUUCCUUAAUCUACCGCAUCACUGUAUGCAUUUAUGGAACAAGUAUAGAAAAGCAGUCGUGGAAGCAUCAGAUGAGCAACUUAAAGGAAGAGUAAUUCACUGCAUGUCAUUAACACCUUACAUACUAUUUAAUCCUGUACUUUCAUGCAGGACAAAAUGCACAUUCAGGAGUAGUGACGAUUUCUUUCCAGAUGCAACUGAUAGUCAUCCAUGGCACAUCUAUGCUAAUACAAUCAAUGCGCUCUGGAUAAGAUGUUAUCCGGUUAUACCAGACUGGGACAUGUUCCAGUCAGAUCAUGCAUUUGGUGAAUAUCAUGCAUCGAGUCGUGCUAUUUCUGGAGGGCCUGUAUAUAUCACAGAUAAUCUAGGAAAACAUUCUUUGCCGUUGAUCGAGGCUUUAGUAGCUAUCAGCAAAAGCAAGGGACCGACCUUGCUCAGGUCAUGUCAACCAUCAAUACCUACCUUUGAUACUGUAUUCGGAGAUCCUAUGGGUAAUGGGGCACUUUUAAGCAUGUACAAUGUUAACAUUGAAGAGCUGGAUGAUACUGGAAGGUUAGGAUAUGGUGUCUGUGGGUUUUGGAAUACGACAUCUUGCGAAAGGUUAGGCGUAGUGAAAGGCUCCAUAUUUAAUCUUCCUAUACUCUCAAAACGACUUUCUGUUGCAUAUGUAGUUACUGGACGCAACCGAGGAAAGCUCAUGCCUUUGUUUCCUAACUUGCGCCGUACCGGCAGGGACAAUCACGCUGAAGAAGUAAUGCUCAUCUCAAUAAAUGGAUUUGAAUCAUCCUUGAUCACUAUUUGCUGCACUCACUCAAUUGGUUCCAUAUCUGUCGCAUGUCUUGGUCUAAUCGACAAAAUGAAUGGCACUCGAGCAAUUUUAAAAACGAGACUUAUACCAAUAACAAGCACAUCUUUAGACUGCUUGAACGCAAAAUUUGAAGCUUAUCUUUCUCACAAGAGUCAGUCCUGUGGUUUUUGGAUAGCAACAUGCCAUGAGAAGACAGGAAGUCAAACUGAAAAUAGACAAGCUUCCUUGUGCAUAAAGCGGGUAUUAAUAGACGGCUUUGAAGUGAGUGCAAGCAGCCAUUGGACUUUUGAAAGUAGUAAUGGUCUUUUGAAAGUAAACAUGCUUGACACUUCUUCAAAUGCUUCUGAAUAUGAUUAUUAUCUUGUACAAGUAUUUAUCGAAUAUGAAAAGUAA